CGGGCCUGUCCUGUCCUGUCCCUCGGACCCUGCCAUGCCCCGCGGAAGCCGCAGCACCGCUGCGCCCCCCCCGUCGGGCAGCCGCCUGGCUCCCCCCACGGCCCCUGCCCCGAGCAGCGGGCAGCCAGGCCUCCUGUCCCAGAUGGCAUCCACGGCGGCGGGGGUGGCCGUGGGCUCGGCGGUGGGCCACGUGGUGGGCAGUGCCCUGACAGGGGUCCUCGGCGGGGGCAGCAGCCCCGGGCCAGAGCCGGCCCCCCGCCUGGAGCAGGCCCCCAAGGCAGCGCCAUCAGCCCCUUCAAGGCCCUGCUACUAUGAAAUCAAGCAGUUCCUAGACUGUUCUACCAGCCAGAAUGACCUGACCCUGUGUGAGGGCUUCAGUGAGGCUCUGAAGCAAUGUCAGCGCAGCUAUGGCCUAACCACACUUCUGUGAAGCCAGAGGCCGCAGCCUGCCAUGGGGCCCCCUCUGCUGACACCUCCAUUGCCCAUAGCACAAGAUCAGCUGAGACAAGUCCAGCCGACAGGGACCAGUCGCCUCUGGAGAUGUUGUUGGGAAGGACAUGAGCCAAGGCCCAUGUCCAAUUAAACGGGGUCUCUUCUCCUCCA